CAGCCUAGGUGCAUACUUUUCAAUACGUGGAUCGAAAAAGCUGACUGUAUCUGUGCUGUACCUGGCUUAUCAAAUCACUUGGAGCUCGGCCUCACCCCACGGCGGAAUUAGUGUCAGGUUGCUUACCAUAUCAAUUCAUCCUGCACCAAACUUUUCAUUGCACUAUCUUGCGCAAGCCUUGUCACCAAUCGCGUCAGAAUUAUCAAAGCAUUUUGACGGUCACUCUCUCCACUGUGGUCACUGGCCACCAUUGACAAAGAUCGAUCUGCCGGUUCAGCCAACUUAUCGGUGGCAACCCGGCAAUCGGAUAACCCAGAUCCCGUCAUCCUCUUGCAGACCCUAUCGAUUGUUCUCGAAAAAAGAAGUUGCCAGUGAUGCGAUUCCAACCGGCAAGUCCAGCUCUUCGUUCCUACUUAAGUCACCUCACCACCCACAUCCACCACACUCGCCCAUCUUCACGUAUACCAUUCCACCUUUCCGUCUCAGCUACUCGUACUACAACACAACUUCCAUCCCACCGACACUUUACAUCCACCACCGCCAAAAUGUCCGGAACAUUCUUCGACGCCGUCAAGUCUCGACGCACCAUCUACCAACUCAGCGAUGAAUCCGUCAUCCCCGACUCCAAGAUCAAGGAGAUCGUCGAGCAAGCCGUCCUCCACGUCCCCAGCUCCUUCAACUCCCAGUCCACUCGCGUGCUCGUCGUGCUAGGCGAUGAGCACAAGAAGCUGUGGAAUGAAAUCGUCAAGCCUGCGGUCAAAGCUGUUGCGCCUGCCGAAGCAUGGCCAUCCAGCGAACAGAGACUCAGCGGCUUUGCUGCUGGUUACGGCACCGUUCUUUUCUACGAAGACCCUGCGGACGUGCACGCCCUCCAGCAGAAAUUCGCCCUCUACGCAGACAAGUUCCCCCAAUGGAGCGAGCACACUAACGCCAUGCACCAAUAUGCUGUCUGGACAGCUCUUGAGGUAGAAGGUUUCGGCGCCAACUUGCAACAUUACAACCCCUUGAUCGACGAGAAGAUCGCAGCAACCUGGAACAUCCCACAAGUCUGGAGUCUCAAAGGUCAAUUGGUCUUCGGCAAGCCUGCUGGCAAGGCCGGCGAGAAGUCCUUCAAGCCUCUUGAGGAGCGUGUCUUCAUCCACGGUGCCAAGAACUAAGAAGUCGAUUUGACUUCUUCGAACUUACGAAGCUCUUUCUUGAACGUGGCGGUGCGAAGAAUACAAUACCACUCUGUUCAAGCGACAGCUCAGCGUUUUGUAUGGACACAUUACAUGAUAGAUAUUCUUAAGACCUUCUCCAGAAGCAUUGUCAAUGAGAAUUGAAUGUUUUGACCAA